GGCUACAGUUCCCGCGGCUGCUGCUUUUGGCAAGUGUGACCUGCCACUCCCUGGCCUCCUGCCUUUUGCAAUCUGUCCUUGAAGGAAGUGCCAGCCUUCUGCAUCUUUCCAGUAACAGCUCAAACAGUGAUCGGGGCUAUUGUGAAAUCGAAGCUAAAGUAGCCCGAUCGCUGGACUUUUGGACUCUCUCCUCUGAAAACCUUAUAGCUGUGCUGCCAGUUGAUCCUGUUAAAGAAAAUUAUGUUCGUAAAGUGAAAAACUGUAUUUUUUCAAUUGCCUUCCCUACUCCUUUCAAAUCAAGAGUACGUCUUGUAGCAGUUUCAAAGGAAGUUCUAGAAGAUAUUUUGGAUCUUGACUUAACUGUGUCGGAAACAGAUGGUUUUAUCCAGCUUGUAAGUGGCGAAAAGAUAGUGUCUGGAUCUGUUCCGUUGACUCACCGAUACGGGGGCCACCAGUUUGGGAUAUGGGCAGAUCAGUUGGGGGAUGGAAGAGCCCACCUUAUUGGAAUUCAUGUGAAUAGGAAAGGUGAAAAGUGGGAACUCCAGUUAAAAGGCUCAGGAAAGACCCCAUACUCCCGAAAUGGUGAUGGUAGAGCUGUACUUCGAUCCUCAGUGAGAGAAUUUUUGUGCAGUGAAGCCAUGCACUACCUUGGGAUUCCAACCAGCAGGGCUGCGAGUCUGGUCGUAAGUGAUGAUGAAGUAUGGCGAGAUCAGUUCUACAAUGGAAAUGUUGCAAAAGAACGAGGGGCGGUAGUGCUGCGUGCUGCAAAAUCAUGGUUUAGGAUUGGAUCCCUAGAAAUUUUGGCUCAUUAUGGUGAACUGGAUUUACUGAGGACAUUGUUAGACUUCAUCAUACUGGAACAUUUUCCCUUAGUAGAUGUCAAAAAACCAAAUAGAUAUGUGGAUUUUUUUUCUAUUGUGGUAUCUGAGACAGCACAACUCAUUGCCUUGUGGAUGUCUGUUGGUUUUGCUCAUGGAGUUUGUAACACUGAUAACUUCAGUUUGUUAUCCGUGACGAUUGACUAUGGUCCGUUUGGUUUUAUGGAAGCCUAUGAUCCAGAUUUUGUACCAAACACAUCUGAUGAUGAAAGAAGAUAUAAAAUAGGAAAUCAAGCCAAUAUUGGGAUGUUUAAUCUAAACAAGUUGUUAGAAGCUCUAAACCCAUUACUGGAUCCUAGGCAAAAGCAGCUAGCUGCUCAGAUCCUUGAAGGGUACCCUGUUCUUUACUAUACAAGUUUCAGAAAAUUGUUCAAAGCCAAGCUUGGAUUACUUGGAGAAAGGGAAGAGGAUGAUGACUUAAUUGCAUUUCUCUUAUUUCUCAUGGAAGAGACCGAAGCUGAUUUCACGAUGACGUUUCGGCAGCUCAGUGAGAUUACUCAGAGCCAACUAGUAGAGCUCAGUAUUCCUCAGCAAUUCUGGGCACUGAAGAUGAUUUCAAAGCACAAACUCUUUCCUGCCUGGGUAUCCCAGUACCUUUUGCGACUGAAGAGUAACGUGAAUGACUCAGAUUUUGAAAGAAGGAAAAGAAUGACAACUGUCAACCCCAGGUAUGUGCUCAGGAACUGGAUGGCAGAGUCUGCAGUGCAGAAGGCAGAAAGGAAUGAUUUUUCAGAGGUUCAUCUUCUGCAGCGUGUCCUUCAGCACCCGUUCCGAGAGCAGUCUGCGGCUGAGCGAGCAGGCUACUCCUCGCCUACUCCUUCAUGGGCUAAAGAUCUCAGAGUUAGUUGUUCAUCUUAAUCUGAGAAAAAUAAAUUAAGGAGUACUCCCACCAUUACAGUCAACAUAAAAUAGUCUAUUUCACAAAUUCUUUUUUUAAGAAUUGUUUAUUUAAUUUUAUUCAUCAUUGUUAUUAUUUUUAAUUUGACCAGAGAGAGAGAGAGAGAGAGAAGGAAAGUGGGAAAGCAAGUUGCCAGGUCCAGGACUCAAGUCACGGUCAGCCGUGUGGGAGUCCAGUGCCUCAACCACCACACCACCUGCUGGCCCCCUAUUUCACAAGUUCCCAAGAUCAUUCACAUUUUGAUGACAGUCUCACAUUAGAUAAAAAAUGAUUAUAUGACUAUAUUAAAAAAUAUUUGUUAGCCAAAUAAAUUGGACUUUCAUCUUUAAAAUAGCUUGUGAUCAUUUUUAUAAUUAAUGACUUUAACGGAACAACCUGGUGUUUUUGAUAAACCACAUGAAUGAUUCUCAAUGAUUAAGAAGUCUUGUGACUAUUUUAAUCAAAAUGGGUGUGUAAGUUUUUAUUUGGCACUUACUGUGGACUCGGCACGUUGGGGUACACCCCGUGAUGGUGGUUAACGUGUUUCUCUGUCCCCUGCGUGUCUGUAAAUCUAGAGCCUCAGUCACAUUUAGGAUUGGCUUAUGUGUCUUAAAUACUUGCUAUCAGAAGGCAAGUAUUCCACCAGGAGGUACAUCGUAUUUCUCUCUCUGUGAUGCUAGUAGCCUUGACCCAUUGAUUCAAUAAGGGUUGUAAAAUGAUGAUAAUUUAGUUCUGUCUUCAUGUGUUAGAUGGAAUCCCUCCACUAAAACAACGAAAACACCCCAAAAACAAAACUUUCCAUUAGUAAUGAUUUGGUUAUCCUGAGGUACAGAAAAAACCAAAAUAACAAGCUCGUUUCCAAGCAUCCCCCUAAGAUGACUAGUGUGUUUAUUUGUAUUAAUAUCAUGAUCAACUCUUGAUUUUAACAUAUUUAAUGUGCUUUUUGCUAUCACAUUUCUUUUUUUUUUUUUUUGCCAUAGGGUACAU